UAGGGUGUUUCAAGGAUGAUGACCUCAAUGAAAUCAGUACUGCAGUGAAAUGUGACAAUGCUUCACGGUGGCAACUGGAUGGACUAUUUUCUUUGUCCUUUUGUUUGGGGGUAGAACAGCAGGUCAAAGUGAUGCAUUGCACUGCCUCAUGGAUCCAAUAGAGGCGCAACACCCUGUUCAAGGUCUCCUAGAGAGGUUCGAGGCUGGGCCGGGCUGCACAGCCAGAGAGACUGGAAACAAGGAGACUCAUGUAAUCGCAGUGGGAAGAGUGACAAGCAGCUCCAAAAACAAAGUUGUAGUGUUGCUGAAGCCCUUGACAUCAUCCUCUUCACAACACAGACUUGUCUAUUUGCUGCUCAGUUCCCAAGUCCCACUACAGUGGUGGCUGGAGGCCGAAGAUCUCCCCGCAGAUCUCUCAGUCCUGGUGCAGUUGGCCUCUAACUCCAGCAUACAGUCUCACACUCUUCGUGUGGAGGUGCAGUCUUUGAAUUUUCUGCCAUUUCACCCACGUGCGCUGCACCGAUGGGCCCUCAAACACCACGGCACCCUGUCUUCUCUGACACACACAUCUCAUGGCAACCGUGUCUACGUACACGUAGGAGAAGAUCCAACACUGCCUACUGUGUGUUUGCUGCAGUCCAUGUUGUUCUCUCGCAACUACAUGACCUCUGACCUGCAGCCACAGACAGUACAGGGCUGCAGCCAUGCCACAGCAGGAGGGAAAAGCCCUGAGGUCCAUGUGAUUAAGCUCCAUUCAGCAGGAGCAGCCUUCUGCGGGUCGCUGCAAGUAGAGGUAAUUGUUUCUCUACUGCCCCCGGUGGCCAACAGGAAGACACAAAAGGUUGUGUUGAUUCUCAGCAGCUCGGUGCCAGUCAACUGGGCAGUUGUUGCUCACGGUGUCCAGGGGCACAUUUCUGUUCAUUCCUCCAACAGCGUGUCCUCACCUUCUCCAUCUGAGCCUCACCUGACCCUGUCCAGCACACUUAACUCCGACCUGUCCUCCAUACCUGACCUUCUCGUUUGGGCCCGUGAGAGCGGUUACACUGAGGUGACCUCGUACACGGAGGCUGAUCUGGCUAAUCGCUUUGUUGUCCAGCUAACCGGGGCCGGCACAGACGUGCUCACGGUGAUGAGUCCUCUGGCCGUGAGGCCUCCUGGUGCUGAGGAGCUCAGGUUGAGGCAGUGGCUGAAUAUUGGAGAAGGUGGAGGAGGUCCACAGAGUUUCACAGUGCAGUGUAACGAUGGACGCCUGAAUGUGACAUUGGACCAACAUAUCCUGCAGAACCUGUCUGUCCCGGUGUCUGCCGUGACUCUUCAGGACCCAGCGUGCCAGGCUCAGUCCAACGGGACUCAUUUCCUGUUGGUGUUUCCUGUUAUUUCCUGUGAGACGGAGGCUGUGCUCCUCGACCAGCCCAGAGGGGUGCAGUACAAAAACACGAUCUUGUUUUGGAGAGACAACCCUCAGACCAUCCUGGAUCUCAAUGAGACAAAGUCUGAAAGUCCAUUUGGCAUACAUAUAAGCUGUUUGGCUCCAGUCCACAGACACCACAGCUCCACUGGUGACGGAAACACUCCAACAGAGUUCACCACCUGGACAUCUGAGGAUCCAGGGCCAAAUCCAGGACCCAAACGCCGACCUGGACUUCUUCUCCUCCUGAAGCUUUUUGUCAGUGAGAGUUAUGAAGAGAAGAGGAUUGGCCCCUGUGUCAUCACUGCAAAUGAGCGUGUCUAUGUGGAGCUUUCGGCUAAGGGGCCGUCCGCUGAUGGUGUGGAGGUGAAGUCAUGUGUGGUCUCGCCGCUGUCAGACCCAAAGAAGUCUCCUUUCUGGAUGGUCAUAAAGGAAGGGUGUUCCUCAGAUGUCUCACUGACCCUCAGCCCACAAGCAGAAGACCGUCAUCAUGAUGGCAAACUGGAAGAGGAGGAGGACAAAAGCAAUGAUCAUAAUCAUCUCCGCUACACAGGUGGCGGUUUACGGAUAGAGGAGGGAAGCGCAGCUACGAGAGCAGAGAAGGAGAUAAAGUCUUUGAGGUUUAGUUUUAUUUUGAGGUCAGUUUAUAACGACUCCAUGCAGUUUCUGCACUGUAGCAUUCUUCUGUGCACCUCUGACUCCACGAGAGGGGAAUCCAUGAAGGGGACGGUAAAGAAUGAAUGUCACGACGGGCUACGUAUCCCUCCACUCGCAACCAGGUCACCCAGACAUCAGUGUGAGAUCAGGAACCUGUCCAGGCCAAUGGUUGUUACUCAGCCCACUCGUUCAAUAAUACCCAAAUUACUGAGGCCCCCUGCUGGCCAAAGAACAAAGAGACUGAGUGUCUCCCCACUGGCCAGUCAACAUCCAGAGCAAAUCAGCUCUAUGGUGGGGACAGGACCAAUGAUGGGGAUUGUCUUUGGGGCCUUUGUGAUGGGUGUCAGCUUGAUGGCCGGGCUGUGGUGCAUCUGCACUUAUACACGAUUUCCUGCAAAUCUGACUCUGAAGGAGAAAUGGGACAGAUGCACUAACAACUGGAGCUUGAGUGUGUGUGUGUGUGUGUGUGUGUGUGCAAACACCAUGUUCGUGCAGAUCUUUUAGCGAGUAGCAUUCACUGAUGCAUGUGAGAAGGACUGAAACCGUCCAAAUACACUCACUCAGAGCUUUCAGAGAAGUCAGAUGCUUGUUUCAAAGCGAAACCUAAUAUGUUUGAUGCUGCGUGCCAUUCUUCAUCAAGUCAUUUCAAAACUGGCAGCGACUCAUACCAUGGGCAGACUGAUUUCUGGAUUUCUGCAAAAUAUAUUCUUGACUGGAGUGACUCAAACUGAAAACCAAAUCCUCGGCAACUGUAGAAAAGCUGCACUAGGUCAAAGGUGCACUGAGAGGUUAGUUAGUCGUGACAGUGCCAGUGUUGUGGGUGAACUGUUUGUUGUAUAUGUCCAUCCCUAUGAAUUCUUUGUGUCAAAUAAAUUAAAUCUUUGAAGUGAAAA